AUAGAGUUAGCAGCAGUUCCUGAGGUGACUGUCUCCACAGCCGCCAUGUCCACCAGGAGGCUGCGCAGCGAGGACUACAACGACUACAGCUCCACAGAGGCUACGCCUGACGGGAGCCCCCCCGAAGGCAUAAACAGCUUUGCCUCGCCGUCAUCCUACCAGCGGUUUGGGGAGAGCAACGGGACGACAUGGUUUCAAACCUUGAUCCACCUGGUGAAAGGGAAUAUUGGCACUGGCCUGCUGGGACUGCCCCUGGCUGUGAAAAACGCUGGCAUCGUGCUGGGCCCGCUCAGUUUGCUGGUGAUGGGAAUCGCCGCAGUGCAUUGUAUGGGCAUCCUGGUUAAAUGCGCUCACCACUUCUGCAACAAAUAUCAAAGGCCUUUUGUGGACUAUGGAGAUGCUGUGAUGUACGGGCUGGAAGCCAGCCCUAGCGCCUGGCUUCGGACCCACGCCAUCUGGGGAAGGUACGUAGUGGGAUUUUUCUUGAUUCUCACCCAGCUGGGGUUCUGCUGUGUGUAUUUCGUAUUUCUGGCUGACAAUCUGAAACAGGUGAUCUCUGCAGCAAAUGGCACCACCAAUGACUGCCAUUCCAACAAAACCACGGUGCUGACUCCCACCAUGGACUCCCGGUUGUUCAUCCUCUCCUUGCUUCCGUUCCUGGUGCUGCUCGUGUACAUACAGAAUCUCAAGUUCCUGUCCAUCUUCUCCAUGCUGGCCAACCUCGCCAUGCUGAGCAGUCUCCUCAUGAUAAACUGGUAUAUCAUCACGGGCAUUCCGGAUCCCAGCAACCUGCCUCUCGUAGCGGGCUGGAAGACCUACCCUCUGUUUUUUGGCACGGCCAUCUUUGCUUUCGAAGGUAUCGGCGUGGUGCUCCCCCUGGAAAAUAAAAUGAAGAAUCCCCGGCACUUCCCAAUGAUCCUGUAUGUGGGAAUGGCCAUAGUCACCAUCUUGUACAUCAGCCUGGGGACCUUGGGAUACCUGCGAUUUGGAGCCAGCAUCCAGGCCAGCAUUACUCUCAACCUGCCUGACUGCUGGCUGUACCAAUCUGUCAAGCUGCUCUACUCCAUUGGGAUCUUCUUCACCUACGCGCUGCAGUUCUACGUCCCUGCAGAAAUCAUUGUGCCCGGGGCUGUUUCCCAGGUGUCGGAGCGCUGGGCGCUGUGGGUCAACCUGCUCCUCAGGACGUGCCUCGUCUGCGUGACAUGCCUGCUGGCAAUCCUGAUCCCCCGCCUGGACAUCGUCAUCUCUCUGGUGGGCUCCGUGAGCAGCAGUGCUCUCGCCCUCAUCAUCCCUCCCCUGCUGGAGAUCACCACCUAUUACUCCGACGGCCUCCACCCUGUCACCAUCGCCAAAGACAUCCUGAUCAGCGUCCUGGGCUUUGCGGGGUUUGUGGUGGGCACCUAUGAGUCCCUUUGGGCUCUGGCCACCCCCCCCAUUUCCAACACCACCAGUGCCUUGGUACAGUGACCCCUUUUCCUUCUCCCGCUCCACCCCAGCAACGCCGUACAGCCUCUUGGCAGCUCAUGGGGUUUUUAUCAGGGUUAUGGCAGCGAAUCUCCCUUCCUUCUCUUUAAAGGCAUUUGUCCAGGAGAAGUGAGGGUGAGUGCACAACCAGAAAAGACAGGACCCUGAUUCCCUUUCCCUUUCCCUCUCCUCAUAGCGUGCGGUUCCCACUUUGGGGGUCUCAUUGCUUGGGUCUGGGAGCCCUGCAGAGAUGACUUGUGGCCCCUGGUUGGGAUGGAGUGCCUUCCUUCGCUCCACCGGGAUCCUUCUGGCAGAUUAAGAUGACAUACCUACAGGUGCCAAGGUACUGCAGUUUGAAGUGGACAUGCUCUAGACUAUAGAGUACCAAGGGGAGGGAAGAAACCUUUGGGCUCGUUCAGGGAUCUAGAUGACUGCUUCACAACCAAGGGUACCUCUACCCUUCCCAAACUCCCCUCUGCCCAGAAAGAGAGAAUCUCCGAGUCUUUUCUGGUGCCAAUUUUUUUUCCCAGCACUUUAAUUCAUGGCAACAGAGCAACUCCAGCCAGUGAGUGACACAUUAGAGCCCUCAUCCCUAAGAGCUGUAGAACCUGGAAAAUUACAGUGACAGCAAGGGGAAAAGGGAACAGGAAACUGCACAAGGAGAGAGAAUCUCUUGUAUGCGCUGCCCUGGCAGGCUGACCGUCACAGCCCGGUCGGGCCUCAGUGGGUAGAGCGCUCUCUAGCUUGAGGAGCCAAACACAUGAGCAUUAGAUGGCAACGUUUAUUGGAAGCCACAUUACAAACCCGUCUGUCAGGGCCUUUUUCAGCCUAGAUCCCCCUGCCAUACCCCAUCUCCGGCUCCGUCCAUUCUAGGUAGUGUGGGAUAAGGCAAGUCUGUGUGUUUGGGUUUCAGAGAGGAAUUGGGGGAUUGUGCUAAAUCCCUGAUUUAAGUUUAGUUGUGAUUGGCCCCCCCCCCCCCUUGUAGACUCUGUAUAAGGGAUAUGGGGUUAUCGAAAGCAUUAGGAACAAGGUACCCACGGAACAGGCUGGGAAGGUGUCAUGUGGCUCCAAAGUACUUAACUGCUGAGGCAGUUAUUUUAUUCUUGAACUAGGAGCCCACUUUCCUUUACACCUUUUCUUCAAAAAAAGGGCACGGGACAGGGAUGUCCCCUUGCCGGUACUACUUUAAGCUCACUCCUCCUCCCCCUGGAACGCACCCCGCCUACAAGGGAUGUCUUGUGUUUACACCCACCAUAGCUACGCCCCUGCUGGGCGGUGCUACCUCACUGUUUGUUAUAAAUCACUGAUCGCACAAAUGCUGAAUCAUGACGACGAGAACCGAAGGCACAUUGUUAUAAUGAACCUGCGUUCCUCUUCUCUUCCCCUGCUGGAUCUAUCCUUUGUUCUCCAGCUAGUUAAGUGGGGGUCCCACUACUUGCUAGGUAGGAAGAAGCGUGAUCUGUUUUACCCACUUGGCUUGAUUAGCGAGGGAAGGGAGCUGUCUCUUUCGUGUUCCUCUUUCAUUCAUUUCCCUUUACUUCACUCUAGAUCUCUAGACAGCGAUAAGCUUUGUCAUGGUCAUGCUUUGGUAAGGCGUGGCUUGACACGACACCAUAACUCUCAUUCAUGUGGCUUGUAACAGUUUGUCAAUGACCAAAGGACUAGAGUAAGCGAUCUUGGACCUGGAUGCAGGGUUUGAUUUAAAAAUCUCUUCCUUCUGGUUAGCGUAAGAGGAAGGCAUCACUCGCGUCUGAAUGAAAGCACUAAUGAAGGGAGUGUUCGUAAAGUGACGGCUGGAAAUCAAAUAGCGUCCCAGUGUCUGCUUCAGCACACGGACCCAUCCAGGACUACUUUGUAGUGAUUGUUUUUUGUAAUUUAGUUUUUUUACAUCGAUUUGUAAAGGCGCCGCCAAGACCCCCGCAGGAUGGUUUGUUAAGCUCGUGUCUAAAAGUAAGCCCAGUCUGAAAGGGCAUUGGGCUGAACUUAUUUAUUUGCUAGGAUAGGGCAGGGAGGGCCAAUGUAUAUUCAUCUUGAAAUAGAGGCUUGGAAGCCAAACUUGCAGCAGGUGAUCAACAGAGGUUUGUUCCCAGAGCCCUGUGCUGUAAUAUGAAUGGUGUGAAGGGAGGGUUGAUGCUGUCUCUUAACCAUCCAAAACCUCUGAGCUCUUGGACGCGUGUAGCAAUGGAAAGAUCCGGCUGUACAAUGGCGGGAGCAUUUCAGUAGAACGGGAGCAGGGUUUGAUUUCCCCUUGGCCGCAAAGUGGCUGUCUUAGGUAACUAGCAGGGCCUAGCCGCUAGCCUCUACAGCCUGGAAAUGGAGUCUGUGUGCUUUUUUUUGUAAUGGCAAUUCCAAAGCAUGGCUGGCUGGUCCUGCUGCUCCCCAGAGGUUGGGUUGUGACUACCUGACCCCGAGGGCUUUACUGGAAGGUGUCAAUUUAUGCUGCGGCAAUACCAAGGAUUGGUUUUAAAGGGGACACUAGUAAAUGGGGUUGUUGUGCUUUUGCUGUUUCUUCAAAAGCUGCUUCUGUCUCCAGGAGCCCUUAGGGAGAUGUUUAGGAAGCAAUUGUGCUUCUCUCUCUGUGUACAUUCCUAACACAGAUGUUUUCAUUAAAUGGAGAGUUCACUUCCUUCAUCAGUGCCUGUUCCUCAGGUUGUUUCCUGAAGCAAACAAACCCUUCAAGUUCAGAUCUCCUUGAAAACAGCCUGACCAAAACAAUGCAUAUUGGCACCUCUCCAACCCCUGACGUGGGCCAAGCUUCUUUUCCGCUCUCUAUUACUUCUCCUUCAAAGCCUCAAAGUGUGUCCUCCCCGGGGGCACACCUUUCCUUUAGAGAUCCCCUCUCCCACCCCGCAGAUACCCCGCUCUCUCUGCAGCCUCAGUGCAGCCAACAGAUUCUAGGAACAGGUCCCAUCUGGUCCGAGAGCCAGCCCUGGUUUCAGCAAGGAACACUGUGAUUGGUUUGAACUGAACUUGAGGAAAUACAGGCAAAUUUGGCAUGCUGGCAUCUUGUUUCUGACACUGGAGAACAGCGGGGCUUACAGUUCUUUGGUGUUUGACCUCUUCUGAGAGAAGACCAAAUGCCAGGAUGAGAAGCUAUCUGGAGAUGAGCUCCAAUACAUAAACUGCCUCCAGGUCCCUCCUAUUGUACAGAGGCUACGUAAGUAGCCUCUUUCCCCGCAAUGCAGCCGCAGUAUAGAAAUUGCAUUUGGUUCAGCACAGGGUGCAUAUGUUGAGACCUCUACACCCGUUUGCCCAAGCCUGGUGUCUUCCUGCAAGAUUGUCAAGCCAGUCAUGUGGUGGUGUAGCUUUUUUUUUUAGCUGCAGGUAGCUAUAUCUUAUGCUCCUUUACAUUUUCACGGCCACUCACGUCAUCGGCGUGGCUGCAGCUGCAAAGCAAAACCUGCUCCAUCUGCAGCCUUCCUGCUGAAGGUCAUAGCAAGCCCAGCAGCCAGUGAGGGCUUAUGACUGUUGACUUAGGGGACACUCUUGAGUUGCCAGUUGCUGGAGUGUCCCUUUAAGACCAAGGACCUGACCCUGAUGUCGCUUGCUUUGGUGUAAAGUUCAAGUGACUGCCCUGAGAUCGGUGUGAGCGCGAUCAGCAGGCCCCGGUGUCAUGGAACUGCCCUGGGGAAUGGAGCCUGACGUGCACACUACAUAUGGCAAGAGUGCAAUGGAAAAGAUCAUUGUAUAUAGAACUUACUCUGGUGUCUGAUUUCAUUACUGACAUGCAGAAUCACUGGGCUGCACCUUUUCUACCCAGCAUCAUUGCAUGCUGGAGUCUCGGGGAACAGUUUCUCUUGGCUUCAUGGCUUUGUCUUCUGCUUGAUGGAACGUUGGCAGCAAUCGAUAGCCACUACCUCCUGUUAUCAGCAGGGCUCUCCUUGCCUGCCAGCCAGCCAGCGUAAGGAUUAUUACAUCGAAUGGAACACUAAUGUGAGUGUCGCUCCCCCUGCCGCUCCCACCCAUCCACAUAUGCUGCUCUUGGCCUCUAGGCAGUCCUGAUUGACCACUGAGGGGUGUCUCUUCUCCAUUUCCCCUGGUAGAAGUGGCAGUUCAAGUUAACCUCAGCACUGUAUCAAUCAAACCCCCUCCCUCACACCAUGUAAAAUACUAAUGUCAGAAUUAUUGCUAAUGGGACAUGUCCUGUUGGGAGCGAUAACUUGUAGUCUGUCCCCUCUUCCCCCACCUCCAUUUAAAAGCUCUUUCUGUUGUCAGCCCUGAGCUGAUGCGACACUAUACAGCUCCAGGGGCUGGCUCAGUGGGCACUCUUGCACAGAACACAAUAUAGAUUCAAUAUAACUUUGCAGAGCACUUGGAUAACACGGGAUUAUUUGCUCUCUGAAUAUUAGCAGCUCGCUGCUGGCUCAGAAGAGGGGGAAAAUGGUUUUGUUUGUACUAACUGUCUUGGCCAUAUGAUCAUGUUUCGAGGGAUAUUGUAGAAGUGGCCAUAUCUACUUUUGGAGCCCCUGGUCGCAUUUGACAUGCAUAUCAUGCUGUCCCUCUUCAUUCCCAGUGGGGCUCCAGUUCUGGUGUGGUACCACAUCUCCAAUCAAGGAAAUGAAAAGGGCAUUUCGUGGCAGAGCAGAGGGAAGGAGUGCAUGACAUGCCCAUCUGCAAUGGUAAAGAAACCCGGGACAAAAUUCCACUUUAGGUUUACCCCUGUGUAACCGGAGUAACUCCAUUCACAGUCAAUGGAGGUACGCUGGCUUUACCCCUGAUGAGAACAGCAUUUGGUCCCUGGUGUUAGAAUGAAUGGUUGACCUGGCAGUUCAAGUAGCUGUGACUUUAGACUGCAAUCAGCGCUGAAGUCCUCACAUUUGAGGUGCUUGUAGAUUCUUAUGAUCAGGACGUUGUUCACAUUUUUUUUGACUAGCUUAAAUGUUGGGCCUUUCCGCUAUAUUUAAAUGAAAAUAAAGGGGUGGGGAACAGGGUGCAUUUACCUGGGGUUACACUUAUCCAUGGAAUGACUGAAUAAUUGUGGAGCGAAGUGUAUUUUGACAUAAGGUAGUCACAGCCAGCAUUGGACUGGAUGAUCAGUGAGACCUACCAUUUGACUUCUACAUUGUCAGCAGGUCAGUGACCAGGAAAAGUGUAUGUGUAAAUAUAUCUAAUCUGUUGUAUGUUUUUCGUGCCAGCAUGUAUGUAUAUUGCCAGCACACAGUAUGUAUAUCUGCCCAGUGAAAGAACUUAUUUGUAUUUGGUGCUGUACCUGGAUCAUGUAUUCGGUUAUUUUAUUCA